AUGGCUACCGCCGGUGGAAAGAUACAUGUCGAUGAAGACAUUGGCAAAGAUGAUCCUUCAGCAGACGGUUCAGAGACAUCGCCGUACAAAAGCCUUCUAUUCGCGCAUAUACAACACCCACCAUCCCAAAAAGAUGGCCCGCAGUAUCUUACACGCAAGUCUGAAACUGGACCUGUCAGCGAGGAUGGCGAUCCUGAAGCUCGUAAGGAAUGGAAGCCAGCUACAAAGUCCGCCCUGAAGAAAUGCAGCAAUCUGUAUGAACAGCACAAGAGAAAGCAAGCCAAAGGCAAUGACUUGGCUGUACGAGAGAAGUCGGAACAGGAAAAGAGACAACGAGCGCUGCAAGAAGCAAUGGAAGUCCGGAUUAAAGAGGACCCUCAGCUGCCAAAGGCGUUCAAGAUACGACUCAACGAGAAAGAUCCAGCGCUCGUGAAGCUGAGGAAGGGCACCAGCGAAAAGGAUGUGGACUACGCGGAGGGUCGAGGCUCGAGAGUAAAAGUCACAGGGCGUGUGCACAGAUUCCGUACGCAAAAGGAUGUCAUUUUCAUUACGCUCCAAGAUGGAUACGGCUUUCUCCAGUGCGUCCUCACGGGCGACUUGACCAAGACAUACGACGCAUUGACACUCACUCAAGAGACGUCCAUGGAGGUCUACGGCGAGAUGUGGGAGGUGCCUCCAGGACAGCACGCACCAGACGACCGAGAGCUCCACGCCGACUACUAUGAAAUAAUCGGCAAAGCCGCUGGCGAAAAAGAAGCUAUAACCACUCGCGCAGCCCCAGAUGCUGACCCACAAACCCUUCUGGACAACCGCCACCUUGUCCUUCGUGGCGAGAUCUCAUCUUCCGUCAUGAGAGUCCGUGCCGCUCUCCUCCGUGCCUAUCGUCACACCUAUGAAUAUGAAAUCAUCCCCAGCUGCCUCGAAGUUACUCCCCCUUGCAUGGUACAAACCCAAGUUGAAGGCGGCGCUACCCUCUUUGACUUUAACUACUACGGCGAGAAAGCGUACCUCACCCAAUCUUCACAACUCUAUCUCGAGACCUGCCUGCCCUCUCUCGGUAACGUUUUCUGCGUUGCGCCAUCUUUCCGUGCAGAGAAAUCUUCUACUCGUCGCCAUCUUUCCGAAUAUACACACAUAGAGGCCGAACUCGAUUUCAUCUCUUUCGACGAUCUUCUUGUUCAUCUCGAGCUCGUGAUGAGCCAGGUCGUCCAGCAUGCUCUUGCAGAUCCGAAGAUCAGCAAGCUUGUGUACGACCUCAACCCUCAAUUCACAGUCCCAGAGAGGCCAUUCAUGCGCAUGAGAUACGCUGAUGCUAUCACCUGGCUGCGCGAACAUGACAUUAAGAAUGAAGAGGGCCAGCCACAUGAAUUUGGCGAUGACAUUGCCGAGGCCGCGGAGCGCAGGAUGACCGAUAUCAUCAACCGCCCCAUAUUCCUGACCCAUUUCCCCGUCGCUAUCAAAGCCUUUUACAUGAAGAAAGAUCCCCAGGACUUGAGAGUGACCGAGAGCGUGGACUGUUUGAUGCCGGGCGUUGGAGAAGUAGUCGGUGGAAGUAUGCGCAUGGAUGAUUACGAAGAGCUGAUGGCUGCGUACCAGAGAGAGGGUAUUGAUCCGAAGCCUUAUUAUUGGUACACGGAUCAGAGAAAGUACGGCACAUCUCCCCAUGGCGGCUACGGCUUGGGCCUCGAGCGUUUUCUGGCUUGGAUGUGCGGUCGACACACGGUGCGGGAGUGUUGUCUUUAUCCUCGAUUCACCGGCCGCUGCACACCAUGA